GCGUUCUCUCGGGAAGUCGACGUCAGGUUCGAGAAGGAUUUUGCAGGUCCACAAGGGUGACGAGCAGUAUCAAUCAACCAACCAACAAGGACAAAUGCUUUGGUGUAGUCCUGAUUCGAAGUGAGGCGUUGGGAUUAGAACUUACUAUUGAUCCACUUGAUUAUCAGCCUUACUCUUCAUCAUUCAGAAGGUGAGAGAUAGUGGGGGGCUCAACAAGCGAAACGACCCCUCUAGCGGCCCUUGGAUCUCUAGCCUGCCUAUAGUAGUUUACUCCAACGCUCGUUGCAUGCGUCUUUUCGAAGAAGUCCUAGAAAAGCAAGGACCCAAUAGUGAAGGAUCACACGACAGCCCUCUCCAUGGAGUCCUCAUUGACAACCAUGAUCCCUGAGGUUUUUGAAUCUCGCAAGCGCAAGAUUCUCGCAGACCUGUCCAUCCCGGACGCAGAGUAUACUGAUCUGUCGCCGAAGGGCUCUGUGGAUGAAGGUAUUCGCAUCCUCAUCAAUGAUAUCAAUACCCUGCCAGGGUUGGUGACCACUAGCAGCUGUGCGGGAAGGAUCAGUGUAUUCCUGGAGGGGCGAAAGAAGCAGCAGCAGCAGCAAGCGGUGUCAGACGAGCAGCAACAACAGCAGAGGCAGUUCGUACCUUCCGGGGGCAAAGGAGCAGGAAAGUGGUUAUAUGUGUCUCAUGAGCCCUUGCAAGAAUAUGGGAAGGUGCGAGAAAAAGAGCAAGAGCGCCAGCCACUGCAUGAGUUGUUUGGGAUGAUGCCUGGGGAUGGCAGGCCUCCCGGAUUAAACAAGGAUGGUCAAGCCCCGCGUCUCGUGCGCUUCUCUUUUGAGCCUAUGAUCCUCCAUAUUAUGACGGCCACAUUACACCAUGCUCACCCCGUGCUAUCUGCCGCUUCAACCUCCGGCUUUCGUGAGAGCGGACUGCAGAGUCUACGUUGCUUAGAGGCAAAUGACACUGAGGGCCCAAGCCCCAUCGUCGCUGUGCGCUCUGCCGGUCUCUCAUUGGAGUCUGUCAUCGGGUAUUGUGAAGAAAGUGAUGAUGAUAAUGAUGACAAUGGAGAACCCAUUAUCCGCAGUCUGGUCACAGAAGAGUUUCUCGAGAUGCUGGUUGCUAUCUCGAAUGAAAGAUUCGCUGUGAACUCUGAACGUAAGGAGAGAUUUCGCGCGAAUUUGUUAGAUCUUUGUUUGACGGACCACCGUCAUCAUGGCACAAAAGCGAAAGGAAAGUCUAAGCCCCCUGGUUGGGAGGAUCCGGAGAAGCGAAGGGAGAGGAUGAGGGCAGAAGGACUGAAGAGGAAGCAGCUGGCGCAGAAUCAGAGGAAGGAAGAUGACGCGGAUUUGGAUCUGUCGGGAGCAAGUCUGGAAUAAUAAGAACUCCCGAUUCGGGUUUUUAUUGGCUAUCUAAAUCGAAUACAACGGAAAUGAGUUCGAAAACAUUAUGCAAAGAAACAAGAAGAAAGGCAUCAGUUUCAGUUUCACGAUAGUAGUUCAAUGAAAGAAGGGAAUUCGUCA